UGCUGGUCAUCAUCGGUCUUGGCCGUGUUUCUUCUCCUAACAUUUGUUUAUUACACGAACACGAACCAAAACAAAAAAAACAAAAAAAGAGAACCCUAGAUUGUUCCAUCGCCUUCCUGUCCAGGUUUAUCUCUCCCCCUCCCCGCCCGUGAAAACGAAUCUGAAUCUCCUUAACGAAAGAAGCACCUUUCCGAAAUCUCCAUCGAUCAAUUAGUCAGCUCCAAUGGCAGGGAGAAUCAUUGCGCAGCUCAUUGUGAUGGGUUCUGGUAUAUUGGGUCGUGCUUUCUUUCAAGCCUAUCGUCAGGCUCUUGCUAAUGCGUCUAAAACCGGCGUUGCGCAGGAAGCAAUGCAGAACGCAGUACGUAAAGCAGGAAAAUCCAUUACUGAGCAAGAGGCUAGGCAGAUUCUCGGUGUAACCGAGCAGACCUCUUGGGAAGAGAUAGUACAGAAAUACGACAAGCUGUUUGAGAAUAACGCGAAAGCUGGGAGCUUUUACCUUCAAUCUAAAGUUCAUCGAGCCAAAGAAUGUCUUGAAGAGGUGUACAGGAGCAAAAGUACACCUAGUUAAGACUUGUAUCUUUCUUGUUUUUGUCUUUACAGAGCUACAUUUCUUGCUACAGUUCUUUCAGAUGAUGUGUAAAACUUUGAAAGACGGCCAUAGUUUUCUUCACCCAUUGUUUACUAAUAACGAAGAGUGCUUGCUCUGUUCAGUUAAAUCAGUGUCGAAGAACCUCUUUAAAUUAGAUUUUGCGUGUAUGUUGUUUCUUUCACUCUUGUUUCUGUUUCAGACUUGAAACUGAGAUAUUAAUCUACAGUUUGUUUGUUAUGUA